AUGACUGAGAGGGAAAUUGACACGGAGUUACUCAUUGAAGAGGUGAGAAGACAUCCAGAACUCUGGGAUGUAGGUAGUGAAGACUACAAAAAUAAAAAUAAAAAAACUGCGGCUUGGAUAGAAGUUUGUAGUACCCUCAUCCCCGACUCCGAAACCAAGGAAGAAGCCAUUAAAAAUGCAUUAGGAAAAACAAUUAUGGGUCGCUGGCGAAAUGUGAGAGACAACUUCAUGCGUUUCCAACGUAAGAUAACAAAGUCCGGCCAAGCAGUCGAAACCGGCCGAAGGUACAUAUACGCCCGCCAGCUGGACUUUUUGAUGGGAACGCGGGAAAAUAUUCCAACGGAAGCUAGUUCCCAAGCAGAGGAAGAAGAUGCCGAAGCCGACAACGAAGAGCCUCCCGCCGGGAAUACUGAUGAGAUUCCCGGUCCUUCAAGAACCGCUCAACGUCGAGCCGCACCUACGGCACCUCCGAGGAAAAGGAAAAUAGAAGAUGCUUUAUUAACAUUUAUGCAACAGCGCCCCGCACCAACGUCAGCCCCAGAUGACGACGAAGACAGAGCAUUCUUUAACUAUCUAUUGCCGAUGGUUCGAGGAUUUACGCCGGACCAAAAAAUUGAAUUUCGAUUAGAGCUUUUGAAGAUGGUCAAGCGCUAUCGGUCAGGCCUGCUUCCUAUACAAUCCCAACAUAAAAUGCAACAUUUUCACUUUGUCACUCAACCGACACCCAUUCGUUCACACCCUCAGCUGAAAAAUUCUGAUCAUUUUCCCUCCUCUCUUUUCACUUCCCAAAGACCGUCGCAAACUCAAACAUUCACUUCGGUACCUCAAAGGUCUCCUUUGCCUCCAUUCUCACCAGACCUUGCUUCUCCAUCUUCCCAAUCUCAACAUUCACCUUCUACAUACGAUUACGAUUUGUAUUCACAGCAGUAA